AUGUUACACACCGUCUCAUUUUUUACGUGGAGUCUUGCCCCAAAUACCUUGGCACCCUGGUCAAACCUCAGACGUCAGUAUGUUCGGUGGACGAUAUCUGACUGGGUGCAAUUUCGUGGUAACGGCAAAAGCGGUGGUGAUGUCAUCAAAUGUUUUUUCGUGUGUCGAACUAAACGUUCUUUAUUCUCUCUUAAUGUUUUCUUUCUUUCUUUCUUUUUUUUCUUUCUUUCUUUCUUUCUUUCUUUUUUUUCUUUCUUUCUGCAUUUCUUUCUUUCUUUCUUUUUUUUUCUCUGCUUUUUUUUCUUUCUUUUUCUUUGCAAUUUCUUUCUUUUUUCUUUCUUUUUUCUUUCUUUUCUUUCUUUUUUUCUUUCUUUUUCUCUGCAACUUUUUUUUUUCUUUUUCUUUUCUUUCUUUUUUUUCUCUGUAACUUUCCUUCUUCGCAAUUUUUCUUUCUUUUUUCUUUCUUUUUUCUUUCUUUCUUUCUUUUUUCUCUGUAACUUUCCUUCUUCGCAAUUUUCUUUCUUUUUUCUUUCUUUUUUCUUUCUUUCUUUCUUUUUUCUCUGUAACUUUCCUUCUUCGCAAUUUUCUUUCUUUUUUCUUUCUUUCUUUCUUUUUUCUCUGUAA